AUGUCUACAACAUCUGCUCUUCUCGCUGCUAUCUCCACUCUCGAACAACCAAAGGAUGGAUGGGGUCCAAUUCAUCAAGCUUCAUCAUCAGACUCUUCAAGUACCAAAUCAGAGAUUUUAUCCCUUCCAACCAAUUUAUUCCAUAUAAUUCCAAGUAAAACUAGUAUUGGAAAAAUUGCGGAUUGGACAAGCGAACCACAAACAACAAUGGGAACCAGUGCCGCAAGCAGAGAAAGCACUUCCACUCAAGCUACCUCUGCUACAAGCAACAUUUCCGGUGCUACUACUCCACAAGAUGACUUUAAUUUAGUCAUGUCUACUCAAGGUCAACGAAAAUCUUACAACUAUGCUCAAAAGAGAAGACCAAAUCAACCACAAACAAAGAGUUAUUCCCAAGACCAAUCAAAACAAGGCAAACAACAAAGAAAAAAGAGAACCACCACAAGUUCCUAUUAUCAAAAGCCAAAAACUCAAAACUACAAGCCUUCAAUUAAGAUCAAGAAGAGUUGGGUUUUGGUUGACAAGUUUGCUUUUGGUACUUUGAAAAAGGCCACAACAGAUCCUUUGGACAGUGGUAAAGGAUACAAGACACCUGAACCAGUAGAUAGAUAUGUGUGUGGUAAAGUUGGAUACUAUGACAAGAAGUUUGAUAGAGCAUCAGCAAAACAACCUAUUCCUUUGGAUAAUCCAAAGACUUUGGCAGGAUAUAUCAUUCGUCCUCCUGCUUCUUCAGAAGAUCCAACAUUGAGCAAUAAGAUUUCACCUGAUUCUAACGUUUUUGCCACCGAUGAUGCCAUUGCAACCCUCAUGGCUGCAGCCAAAUCUGAGUUGCCUUGGGAUAUGGCCAUUCGUGUUAGUGAAGGAAAGAUUUAUUUGGAUAUGAGGAAAUUGGAAGGUCGUGCCAUUAACUUGUGGCAUUCCGUUUCCGAAACUGCUGCCAAUCCUCCACCUGCAGAUGAAAGUUCAGUUCAAUCUGUUAACUCUGCCUUCUCAUUGAGUAAAGAAGCUACAAUUGUGAAUGCAUACUUCCAAAAGGCAGCAUUCAAGGAUGAUGAUGUGAAGAUUAUUGGAGAACCUGUUCCAUUCUCAACAGGAGUAUUGAACAUUGCUUACAAGUAUCGUGAGUUCAAAUUGAGUGAUACCAUCACACUUUUGGUGAGAUGUGAAGUUAACGGUGCUUCAAAGGAGGGUGACGAGGAAAUGACCUUCAAGGUAUUGAAUGAAUAUUUCCCCCCUGACCAAAAUCAAUAUCAAACAGGUACUGACUGGAAGACCUCAAUGGAGUCUCAAAAGACAUCAAUUAUCAUGGCAGAAUUCAGAAACAAUGGUUGUAAAAUGGCCAAGUGGACUGCACAAGCACUCUUGAACUCGAGCAAACAAUUUAAACUUGGUUUUGUAUCAAGACAAUUACCAAAGAAUGCAACCAGUCACCUUAUUUUGGGAACUGAAAAAUACAGACCAGAAGACUUUGCAGAACAACUUCACCUUAAUUUGUACAACAUGUGGGGUGUUGUUAAAACCAUUAUUGAGUCUGUUCAGAGAUAUCUUCAAGAAACGAACAAGCAAGACUGUGAAUUGGUUUUAUUGAAACAUCCAAACCGAGAUAGAUUGGACUUGUAUGAAACCCCUGAUGUUGCUGAGGAAGGAGAAGACGAAGAGGCAUCAUUGGCUAGUGAAGAAGAUGAAGGCGAAGAUGACGAGUCUAUUGUGGAAGAUGAAGAGCAAACUUCAACCACUCUUUAA